ACAGCAACAGCAACAGCAACAGCAACAGCAUCAACCACUUCUCACUCCAGACGAGAGCAACAGUGUUGGGACAAAGGUGCACCGCCCACGCAGGGACCGUGACUCGGAAACGCCAUCCCAUCAUCACCGCCCACCAAACGAACGCACCCCAGACUCGACCGAACCGAGGAAGUCGCAAACCAAGUAAAUAACCUCGACAUUUUACCGUGCUUAUAAUUUUCUGCUGCGCCCAAACCUCGUUUUGAAUCUCCAUCGCAGCAAUGGCGCACGCCGGCUAUGCCUCGGUGCGCAGGUCCUCGACGUCGUCCAUGGGCUCAGACUACACAGACGCAGAUGCAGCAGCAGUUGGCGGCAUGGGAAUGGAAACGAGAACGAAAACAAGAGCACAAGACCGAGACUACACAAAGGACCUGGCCUCCUCGUCGUCGCAGCCGUCCGUAUCCGCCACAGCAACGCCCAGUCCUGCCAACUUUUUGUCUCUUGCCGACAAGAGCUUCACGCCUCUAUCCAUGGACAGCGACCUAUUCCCCGAUCGCGAUUUCGACUUGAGCUUUGGCGGUAGCAGCAGUAGUGCGGUAGGAGAGCGCAAGACGACGGGUAGCCCGAGAUUCCGCGACCGCGACCAGCAAAGGUCGACGUCACCACCGCCAGAGACGACGAUGGCAGCGCAUACUCAGGAGACUAGGACGAGGUCGAGGUCGGGAGAAGCAUAUUCAGGAUUAAGCUUACAUGGAGAAACACUAUCGCAUGCGGCGAAGGGAACGGCUUUGGCAACGACAGGAAUGGUGGCAGCGGCAGACGUAGACGAAGAGAGGAAUGUCUCGGGCGCACGCGAUACGACGGAAAUAGAGUGUCGGCCACGGCGGCCAGGGUCGCACUCGAGAAAAAGUCAAACGGAGGACGGUGACGGUCACAGCACAGAGGCAGGAUCAAGGAAUGCUGUGGAUCAAGACGAAGAGUGCGAAAAGUACGAAGAUGACGAGGUGCCGCCAUUCGCAAUUUCGUCUAGGAGCCCGCGCCAGCGCCGUGCCGGGUCGACGCCGCUGUCGCUAGAUCCGCUGCAGGUGAACAGGGGGAGGGGACGGGGAGGCAGGGCGCCCGAAGACGAAGAGAUGGAAAUGGAGCUGGAGGACAGGUGCAGUACCGCUGCCGCUGCCGCUGCUGCUGCAGCGUCUACCGACACUGCUACGGGUUCCACGACAGCGACCACUUCAGGAACCACCACCAACACCAACAACCCAAAAGGGAACAGCGAUAACGAUACGGGCACCGAUAAGAACAUCUUACCUAAGGUCGGUAACGAUAGGAAUACGGGAUCCGAUAAGGACACGGCUGCCGGUAGCGUCAGGGAUGGCGCCAGCACGUCCCUCGAGCUACAGGGCCCCCAGCCAGCGCCAGCGGCAGCGCCAACAGCAGCCAUCCAGGAGAAGCAGCCGAUGCCCACGGGCAGAGUCAUGGCCUCUGCGUCUGCGUCUGCCCCCUUGUUGGCCCUUCGUACGAAAAAUAUCAAUACCACCACCGCAGACAACCUGAAUACGAGCGACCACAAUACGAGAUCCUUUGCUGCUGCAACUGGCACCAUCACGAGCCCGGCAACCUCGACUUCUACCACCACCUCCAAUUCCUUUGCCGCCUGUUCACCCUCCUCGACUGUCCUCUCCGCCCCUGCUGCUCUCGCCCGUCACAUCUCCACCUCGUCCCUUCGGUCCAACAGCAGCCUCAUUUCCCAAAUCCAGGACAGUUUGCAACAGCAGCAGCAGCAGCAACAUCACCACGCCUCUUCGGCAUCUACACUCGUUCGUCCCGUCGCCCAACCAAUCGUUCGUACAAUAUCCGACUCGGGCACCUUCACCCUCAAACACCCCGUUCCGGACCUCAACUGCCGCUCCGGCGCCUAUACCACAAACGUCGCUGCUCUCGAGAAGUCGGCCGAGCGCCUGUCCAUGACCAGCUCCAUCGAGGACGCCAUCCGCGACUUGCAUGGAGAGUUGAAGCGUUCCGACUCCCGCCGUUCCUCCAUCCUUGCUGCCAAUCUCGCCGCAUCCCACUCCCCCAUCGACGAAUCCUCGGCCCAACCCGGUCCCCUUCGCGUCAUCCCUCCCGUCGCCUCCAUCGUCGAGCUCAACAACAACGCCCGCCUCGGCGGCUACUCUCCCAGCGGCUACGUCAUGUCUCCCAAUCACUCUUUGACCGGCCGCCUGCGCUCCGGCUCCAACAACUCACGCGGCCGCCCCGAAAUCGACGUCGAUGCCAUCAUGUCACGACACGGUUCUGGCAAGGGGUCUACCAGGAGUGCCCGCUCUGGAAAGCCUUCCCUUGCUGAGAUCGCCGAAUCGGAACCUGUUGCUCUGACUGGACGUGUUCUUGACGAAGCCGAUCACGCCCCUAUCCCUGUGACAGCCGACGACGACGCUACUAUCCGCCGUCCCAAUACGAACGAAGAGAACCGUGGCAGUGUCUUUAACUUGCUUGGCGAGAUGGACCAGCAUUCUGGAGGCCUUGGCCUGGACUUUGGCGGAGACAGCGGCAGGCGAGACUCUGACGACAGACCGCCCACGCCGAGAUCGACAUCGACGUUUGACCACACCAAUGCCUUUGGGGAUUUUGACGGCGUGCAUUGCCAGCCCGAAGACCUCGAGCGGAGCGAGUACGACUCGCGUGAGCAGAGCGAAUACGGCGACGCGCCCAUGCCCGUCCCGCACACUAUGCCGAUGCCAGACAUCCCAGAGCCUCAGUACGAAGCACCGCCGCCACGUAUGCCACGAAACAACAGGAACACCAUCCGGCCACAGUCCUAUUUUGACGAGCUCACCGGCCAAGAGAUGCUCUACUACCCCGCUCGCGUGCCCGCCAUGCUCAACCUGCCGCCCAAGCUGUCCAGGAAGCCAAAGACCGAGGUCCGGAACGCGAGGCACUCCAAGGUGCUGCAGGCUAUGGGCCAUCCUGGUUUCGGCCAGGCAAAGUACCUGCCUCAGGACCCCGAGGCGUCCCAGGUUCGCGAAUCCAAGAUGUGGCUGCCCGACCCGCUGGCCGGCCACGGCAUGUCCUCUUUUGGCGACGAUAUUGAGGGACAGCGUUCGGGUGACGCAUCGCUCAAAGAACCUGCUGCGGUCGAUUCUCAUGUGCCGUCCGAACAGGGCGACCCGUUGCUGUCGAGUGAUGGUGCUGCUGCUGUUGGUGGUGGUGAAGAACCCGAACACAUGCCAGAGGAUCCCCCGCCAACGCAACGCCGCAAGUCCAAGAUGCCAAGGGCUUCUAACCUGCCGCCACAACUCCGCGCGAGCGCCUUUUUCGAUUUACCGUCCACAACACCGCAGAUCGAGGUCAAGGGAGGCUCCGCAAUGGCGACGCUCGACAGCAUUCUUGAUGCAUCUGCGAAUGCCCCAGUCAGUGCCUUCACGGACCACGCUUUUGCAGGAAAGCUGGGCAAUGAGACGUACGGCCCCGAUAAAAAGAAGAACCGCAAGUCUACCGCCACCGUCUUGCUCCCCGAAGAGCAUGUUCGGGCCGCGUCGCAGAAGAAGAAGGGCGGCCUUAUGCCGUUCAGCAAGAAGUCCGACAAUGGAUCCAGGAAGAAUUCCAUGGCUGGUAGCAGAGAAGAGAACCAAGCUCUUUCUGAUCACGUCGACGGUGAGGAUAGGGAAAAGGCCGAGGGCGAGGGUUCAGAUGAGGAAGAGGAAGAAGAGGAAGUCGAUGAGUUUGCUGGAAUCCUCGAUGGGCCUCCUACGACCCUCCUCGCUGAGCUGCAGUUGCGCAAGUACCACGCCAAGAUGCGCACUCAGAACCCGAACCGUAACGUUGGGCAGAACGGCAUGCAUGCGACACUCAUCGAGCUGGACGCGGUUGCCGAGACGCAGAAGAGGCACCGUGAGAAGAAGAAGAUUGCCCUUGCUUGGGAAGUUGACGGCGCCAAGGAGGAGGACCACGGCUCCGACGAAGACGAGGUUCCGCUUGGCGUCUUGUACGCCGGCAACCCACAUGUGGCCGAGAAGAAUCGACCUAUGGGUCUGAUGGAGCGUCGCGACCUGGAAGAGAAUGAGCCUCUUAGUGCUCGCCGUGCACGUCUCCACGGCCAAGAACCCCCGAGGACAUUGGCUAAGCAGAGGAGCAACUUCACCCUGAACGCCGGUCUGAGCCAGAUGCGUCUCAACCAGAUGCCUUCUGUCGAGCACUUGAGGCCCGAGGAGGAGUCAGAGGACGAAGCUAUCGCUGGAGAGACUCUCGGAGAGCGUAUGCGACGCCUCAGAGCCAAGGACGAAGCCGAGCACAACAAUCUUCCCAACGCCCGCCCUGUCAGUCGAGCAUUCUCUGCGGAGAUCCUAGCCCAGUUUGGCGAUAACGAUGAGAAGAAACCUGGAGACAAGGGCAAGGAGAAGGAGGCCCAGCCAGAGGAGGGAGAGGAGACGCUUGGCCAGCGUAGGAAGAGACUGCAGGCCGAGCGCGAGGCGCGUGAGCAGGAGAUGAUGCUCAGCGGCGGGCCGGUCCAGGCUGAGGCUGAAGCACCUCAAUUGCGCAAGAAGCACAGUCUAGCCGAUGUCCUCAACUCCCACCCGAUUGCCUACAACCCAGCCCUGGACGAGCAGCGCCGCCUCGAGCAGGAGCGGCGCAAGGUUCGGGAACAGGAGGCCAAGAUGGCCGCAGUCCGCGCUCAGAUGCCGCAGACCCUGACCGGGCCGAACAAUCAGCGGAGUGGCGGCUAUAAGAACGGCGCUUUCAACGACGCCAACGGAGGUAGCGGCGGUGGGCCGGGUGCUCGAGGUCUCCUUGCGCAGCCUGGGCUGCCGCCUGUCAGUGCUGGCUUAGGUGUCAAUAUGGGACCUGGCGGAUGGAACCGCUCCAGCAUGGCUUUGAGCAACUACGGAGGGCCUUUCCAGCAGCCUAUGCAGCAGCAGCAUCAAGUGUACGGAAACCCUGGUAUGGCUCAGAUGAGCCAGCCAAAUCUAGGCGGAUACGGAGGCUACACUGCUGGCGGUAUGGGCGGUAUGAAUCACAUGGGAGGCAUGAACGGCAUGAACCCCUACGGCGGAGGCAUGGGUGUACCGAUGCAGAUGCAGCCCAUGGGCAUGCAGCAGGGUAUGGCACCUAUGCCGAUGCAGCAAAUGCAGAUGCCUAUGCAACCUGGCCACAAUGGGCAGAUGCAGUCUAUCGAACGAUGGCGGCAGAGUGUCAUGUACUAGACGAGGGCCAUCCCAGAUCUACAAUACCUCGACUGACCAACUACCUACACACUAAUCUCUGGGCGGACACAAGUCUGCGAGAGUUGUAUAUAACAAUCACACACAACCAUGGCAUUGCGAGGGGAGUUGGAUUGAUUUUCUUUUGUUUGAACAACCUUUGGGUGGUUUGCGAAGCACAGAGCGAUGCGAAGCAUUAGGAUACAAUAGGGGGGUUUGGGGGACAUGGUUUUCUCGGUUUUACCUACACCAGGUACUAGGGGAUUAUUACAGUACAUCCAACGUAUACAAAUCAAUUCUAAUAAUCACA